GCCGUGUCGGGAAAACACUAAUAUCGAUUUGCUAGAGGGAACGGGGGCGGAGCGGCGAGCAACACCCCCGGCAUGUCGGGACCUCCGCAGCAACGGCAGGUCUCGCUGAGGGGCGCGAGCGCUAAGGAGAUCACAAGGGACGCCCUCCUCGAGAAGCUUGCCCACGAGAGGGAGCUCCGUAGCUACCAGCGCCGUGCCUCCGCCGCUGCCCUCUUCAUCCAGAGAGUCUGGCGGAGGUAUAUUGUUAUCAAGAAGGUCUCAGAACAGCUUCAAGAAGAAUGGGAAGCAUUAGCUGAUCACUAUGAUGAUCACAUGACUAGUGGAUGGAUCUCCAAUAAUUUCUUAAGACCCUUUCUUUUCUUUGCUACUCGCUCACCGGCUCUGUGGAAGCUACAACUUAGGAAUGUGAAAUGUGUCAUGAAAUGUUUUGGAAUUCUCUUACAAAGUAUUAGCUCAGCUGAUGCACAAAAGAACUUUUGUUUACUAUCUGUGGGUACCCAGCAGGAGAAAUCUAAAUGGCUUUAUCAAGCACAAAGGCUAGUUUCAUUGUGCCUGUUUUUCCUUGCGGAGUGUGAUAAUUCCAGUCAUGUGGGUGACCUGGUUCCACUUACAGCUCUGGCAAUGCGCUUAGUUGUUUCUUUAACUGAUAUAAAAGGAUGGAAGAAUCUAAGAGCUGAUGAUAUCGGAGAUGCACAUUUUGCUGUGAAUAGAUUAAUUGGAUUUAUGACUACAAACCUUAGUGGUAUAUAUAGCUGUUUUAGGAAGUACAUGCUGAGACAUGGUCCUCAGAAUGCUUCCUGCAGGACAAUUUUCUCAUCAUCAGAAAAUAAUCUCCUGAUUAUUGCAAGUGCCAUGACUUUAUCUUUGCGCCCAUUUCAUUUGAAGAGGUUAGAUGUGAAUGACUCCAAUGUUGUUGAUGUGAAUGAUGCUUCUAAGAAGUACUGUAUAUAUAUAUUGACGAUUCCAUAUUUGACUCGGCUUCUGCCAACGCUACUUCUGCCUGCUCUUAAACAUGAGCGUGUUCUGCUACCAUGUCUCACUGUUUUAUCGGUUUCCAAGGAUAAAAUCUUUGAUGAGAUGUUGAAUCUGGACCAGUCUGAAAUGUCAGGUCUGACUGCCAAAGCAAUUCCUUCCUUGGGCUGGGCCCUUGCAAACAUUGUAAACUUGUCUAUAGAAAAUAAUGAUUCUGGUGCUUCUGGCUGUUUUGUCCAAGGUCUAAAUUGUCAACUAUAUGUUCAUGCUGUUAACUGUAUCUCAGAGAAUUUCCUACUUUGGCUGGAGAGCAAUGAAGGAUUGGUGAAAAAGGAUAGUGAUGAUAUAUUGGUGACUAGUGACUCUUUUCCAGGAGAUGCUGAUUCAGAUGAAUGCACUCGUGCGAUGUUCCACACUGAUCUUCUUAGACCUGUGCAUCAACAGUGGCUUCUGAGGAAGCUUCUGACCAUGACAAAAACAAUUACUCCAGCUGAAGCGGCAGAUUCUUUUGUAACAAAUCAGAGCUUAGAGGAUCCUAGGAACUGGAGUCUACAAGAUGUCAUAUAUUUCUAUUAUUAUUUCCUUCGAAUAUUUUCUUUGUUGAAUCCUGUUGUUGGCUCGUUACCUAUCCUUAAUGUACUAUCCUUUACUCCCGGAUUCCUUCUGGAGCUUUGGGAAAUACUGGAAAGUUCUAUUUCUUGUGGAACUGAUCAUGUGUCUCAUGACGUCAAACAAUUCAGAGAUGAACCUUUUGAGAGACAGACUGAAGUGAUAUCUGAUACAAGGCAACCUCGAAAUAUGAAGGACAGUGGAAGUAAGUGGGCAAAUGUGCUACAAAAGAUUGCUGGAAAGUCAACUAACGAAACUCAUGCCUGUUCAAGAGAUGUCCCUCUAUUUCCGAGCCAGUGUGCUGAAGAAAGCUACGACAUAUGGGAUAUUGGAACUAUGAGACAAGGUGCUCAAGGGAUUUCGAAGGAUUUGUCAUGCAUCUUGUAUCUCUUUUGUGCUACUUAUGCACACUUGUUAUUAGUUCUAGAUGAUAUAGAAUUCUAUGAAAAACAGGUUCCUUUCACGCUGCAGCAGCAGCGAAGAAUUGCAGCAGUGCUUAAUACAUUUGUUUAUAAUUCUUUGGUCCACAAUGGAAAUAGUUGCAGACCAGUGAUUGAUGUGGCAGUCAGAUGCCUUCAUUUCCUGUAUGAAAGGGACUGCAGGCACAAGUUUUGCCCAUCUUUUCUAUGGUUAGCGCCUGCUAGAAAAGGUUGGUUUCCAGUUGCAGCAGCUGCUAGGGCUCAUGAAGCUGCAUUUUCAAACCUGCAAGGUACAGAUACUUCAACCAUUCCUGCGGUGAGCUCUAUUCUAACAACCGUACCACAUGUAUAUCCAUUUGAGGAAAGGGUUCAAAUGUUUAGGGAACUCAUCAAGUUGGACAAAGUUUCCAGAAGAGUGGCUGGUGAAUUAUCUGGACCAGCUUCUGGUUCAAUUGCUAUUGUUGUUCGUCGAGACCACAUUGUUGAAGAUGGAUACAAGCAAUUGAACUUCCUUGGGCCUAAGUUGAAGUCAUGCAUUAAUGUUUCAUUUAUUAAUGAAAGUGGUCUUCCCGAGGCUGGUCUUGACUAUGGUGGUCUGUCAAAGGAGUUUUUAACUGAUUUGUCUAAGUCUGGCUUUAACCCAGAGUUUGGUCUAUUUUCACAGACAUCCACCUCAGAUAGCAGCUUAAUUCCUAAUAUGGCUGCUAGAUUGUUAGAUAAUGGCAUUGAGAUGAUUGAAUUCCUUGGUAGGGUUGUUGGGAAAGCACUUUAUGAAGGCAUUUUACUGGAGUAUUCUUUUUCAUUGGUAUUUGUGCAAAAGCUACUAGGUCGGUAUAGCUUUCUUGAUGAACUCUCAACUCUGGAUUCUGAACUCUACAGAAAUCUUAUAUAUGUAAAGCAUUUUGAUGGUGAUGUCACGGAUCUAGCUUUAGAUUUUACCGUUGCUGAGGACAUAUGUGGGAAAAGGAUUGUCACCGAGCUUAAACCUGGUGGUACAAAUAUCUCGGUAACAAAUGAGAAUAAGUUGCAAUAUGUACAUGCAAUGGCAGAUUACAAACUGAAUCGCCAAAUACUCCCGUUUGCAAAUGCGUUUUAUAGAGGCUUGAUUGAUCUCAUAUCUCCAUCUUGGUUGAGCUUAUUUAAUGCAAAUGAAUUCAACCAGUUGCUUUCAGGCGGUAUAAAUGACUUCGAUGUUGAUGAUCUCCGAAGCAAUACAAAGUAUUCUGGUGGUUAUUCUGAGACAAGUCGUACAGUCAAGCUCUUCUGGGAGGUUGUGAAAGGCUUUAAAGCAAUUGAAAGGUGCAUGUUACUGAAGUUUGUGACAAGCUGUUCACGUGCUCCUUUACUUGGGUUCAAGCACCUACAGCCUGCCUUCACCAUUCACAAGGUCGCAUGUGAUUUACCCCUAUGGGCUACACUAGGUGGACAAGAUGUGGAUCGGCUUCCCUCAGCUUCCACCUGCUACAAUACACUCAAGCUCCCGACAUACAAACGAUCGAGUACAUUGAGGAACAAGCUUCUCUAUGCAAUCAGUUCAAACACUGGAUUCGAACUUUCUUAACUGUACAUCAUUCGACUUGUGUAAUUUGUAUAUCCUCCUGCACCCCCGUCCGACAUCAUGUCCAACAGGCUGUGGUAAAGUGAAAGAUGUAUAUUAGCAUUACUGCAUCGCGAGAGAGAUCAGUGUAUGGUUGUGACCACAGGUGGCAUUGCAAUGUAUUGUUUGAGGACUCGUCGAUCCUCACAGACCGACCAAGGCAUGUCUGUUCUGCUCUGUAAUGAUGUAUUGACUUUGUCCACUCUCCUUGUGGUCAGAACAGAUCGAUGCGUGCAGGGAGUUAUACUACCCUUCUCCAUCUACGAGAUGAGUAUGUUUAGAAUAUCUCGUUCCUGCUACAAAGUUGAUGGGAAUCCAUGUUUUCAGUAGAGAUUGGAAACAGCUUUGUUGGCAGCAAGAAAGGUAACAGAGAAAACUAGAGGACGCUUCGUUGACUUCGAGCAUCAAGUUUGCACCAAAUCUUUUCUAGUACUGUAAGACAAAAUCACAUUGUCCAAAUGAAAAAGGACCCAAGAUUCCCAACACUAUUAGAUCUGUCACCUCAUAAGCAGCACUGGAAGACAAUGGCACUGGCACUGCCAAAUGGUGGGAGAAACCUUCACAGUUCAUGAAGUGUGUUAUGUAGUAACUCCUUUUAUUCUAUUUUUGUUUGUAUCAUCUAAUCUGUCAAGCCAUCAACAGGAAGUUAUUUGUUUGGAUGGAUAUACUAUUCUCACCA